UUUCUUAUUGGGAGGAGUGAACAAAAAAAAAUCCAGCACAAAAGUCAGUUAAUUAAAUAGCAGCAGAGCAAGUAUAAAUAAUUAACAAGGAAAAUUCUUGCGGGGUGUUGUUUAAAUUGUAAAAGAAAAACAAUAUUGACGUGUCGUUUAUUGGUUAAAUUGAUAUUAAAAAUAAAUAAGACAAAUACCUAUAAAAAAUGUGUGGUUCUACUCCCCCGGUAACUAAAGGCACCAGAGCUCUUAUUUUAGUUGGAGGUUAUGGCACCCGUUUACGACCCUUAACGUUGAGCACACCCAAACCUUUAGUGGAAUUUGCCAACAAACCCAUUUUGUUGCAUCAGUUGGAAGCUUUAGUGGCAGCAGGAUGUUUACAGGUAAUAUUGGCUGUGUCCUAUCGCGCCGAACAAAUGGAAAAAGAACUCAAACUGGAGGCUGAAAAGCUGGGUGUUGAACUUAUAUUUUCCCAUGAAACAGAACCUUUGGGCACUGCUGGCCCCUUGGCCUUAGCCAAACACAUACUUAGUGCCAGUCCCGAACCCUUCUAUGUACUAAACUCAGAUGUCAUCUGUGAUUUUCCCUUCAAACAGCUGGAACAAUUCCAUCGUAGUCAUGGCAAAGAGGGCACCAUAGUUGUGACCAAAGUCGAAGAACCCUCAAAAUAUGGUGUUGUUUUGUAUGAUGAACAGGGCUGCAUUAAAAAUUUCAUUGAGAAACCCCAAGAGUUUGUUAGUAACAAAAUUAAUGCUGGCAUUUAUAUAUUCAACCCUUCAGUAUUGGAUCGCAUCGAAGUGAAACCAACUUCAAUAGAAAAGGAGAUUUUCCCGGUUAUGGCUGAACAGAAGCAAUUGUUUGCCAUGGAGUUGUCCGGAUUUUGGAUGGAUAUUGGCCAACCUAAAGAUUUUCUAACAGGCAUGUGUCUCUAUCUUUCCUCAUUAAGACAAAAACAAUCACCAACUCUUUACACCGGACCCGGUGUUGUUGGCAACGUUCUAGUUGAUCCCAGCGCUAAAAUUGGCCAAGGCUGUCGCAUUGGUCCCAAUGUCACCAUAGGACCUGAUGUCAUCAUUGAAGAUGGUGUGUGCAUAAAACGUUCCACGAUAUUAAAAGGUGCCAUAGUUAAGUCACAUUCAUGGUUGGACUCCUGCAUAGUUGGCUGGCGUUCAAUUGUAGGACGCUGGGUGCGUUUAGAGGGUACCACUGUUUUGGGUGAAGAUGUUAUUGUCAAAGAUGAAAUCUAUAUAAAUGGGGGUCAAGUGUUGCCACAUAAAAAUAUUGCUGCCAGUGUACCAGAGCCUCAAAUUAUUAUGUAAAUAUAAUAGUUUAUACAUAUGUAAUAAUAUAAUUAAUUAUGUACCUCUCACGUUAAUUUUUUUCAUAUGUAUGUAUAUUCUGAUAAUUAUUCUGAGUUAGCCUUUUAUAUCGUUAAGUUUUAUUUUUAUUUUUUGUAAUUUUUUAUAAUUUAUAUACAUACCUAUAUGUAUAUCGGAAAAAAAUAAAGUUUACGAACCUUAAAUAA